AGUUGUUUGUAUUCGAUUUUAAAGCGUUUAUUGUCGUCCAAUUCGCAAUUUAAUCUCAUAUGUUAUGUAGUUGUAGUUUCCUAUACAUGCAUGGUAAUUAUAGAUUUGGAAAAAUUUUCUAUUUUGAUUUAUGUGCUGGAACUAUAUUAUUAUUUUAUCUUUGCUGGCUGAUUUGAUUUAAUAGUUUGUGCAUAUCAUACUAUGCUUCUAUUUCCUUUUUGUUGAUAACUACAAAAUGUUUAAAGCAAGGACGUCUACGGUCUGAUUAUAUUGCAAGUGUACUCAAUUAACCUGUGAAUUCUUGAUGGCGUGAUGAAGCAUACAUUUCCACCUUCAAUUCUAUAGAAGAAGCUUAUGUUUAGGACCCCUCAAAUUAGUGUGAUGAACUUGUAUGCGAAUGGUUUGUAUUAGGGUGAAGUAUGGGACUAAACUUGAAAGGUCCCUUAGUCCCUUGCAUAUCACUGCUAAAGAUCACAACUGAACACAGAACAUCCUAAGCUUGUAUGAACUUAUUUAUGUUCAUUUCUUUAAAUGUGUUGACCAUCUUAACCAAGUAGCAGAGGUGGUAUAAAUCUUUAUAUUUCAUUAUUUGUAGUGAAACUGCUUUCCAGGCUAAAACAUUUCGUUUUUUGAUGUGUUUGUGGAGGUCAGGUGGUUUAGUUUUAUCAAAAAAAGAUGGGAGGUGGGUUUAGAGUGCUCCAUCUGGUCCGACCUUUUCUGUCAUUUCUGCCUGAGGUUCAGAGUGCUGACAGGAAAAUUCCAUUCAGAGAAAAAGUUAUAUACACUGUAAUCUCCCUCUUCAUUUUCCUGGUUUGCAGCCAGCUCCCAUUGUAUGGUAUACACUCCACAACAGGGGCAGAUCCUUUUUAUUGGAUGCGUGUCAUUCUUGCCUCAAACCGAGGUACUGUCAUGGAGCUUGGAAUCACACCCAUAGUGACAUCGGGAUUGGUCAUGCAACUUUUAGCAGGUUCGAAGAUCAUUGAAGUUGAUAACAAUGUACGGGAGGAUCGAGCCCUGCUAAAUGGUGCACAGAAGUUACUGGGUAUCUUGAUCGCGGUUGGUGAGGCAGUUGCUUAUGUUCUCUCUGGAAUGUAUGGCAGUGUUGGCCAACUUGGAGUUGGAAAUGCAGUCCUUAUAAUUCUCCAACUCUGCUUUGCUGGUAUAAUUGUAAUCUGCUUGGAUGAACUUCUCCAGAAAGGAUAUGGCCUGGGCUCUGGAAUUUCACUUUUCAUAGCAACCAAUAUUUGUGAAAAUAUCAUCUGGAAAGCAUUUAGUCCAACUACUGUGAACAGCGGGCGUGGAGCUGAAUUUGAAGGUGCUGUUAUUGCUUUAUUCCAUUUGUUGAUUACUCGAACAGACAAGGUUCGUGCCCUUCGAGAGGCAUUCUACAGGCAGAAUCUUCCAAAUGUUACAAACUUGCUUGCGACCGUGUUAAUCUUCCUUAUAGUUAUCUACUUCCAAGGAUUCCGUGUGGUUUUGCCUGUGAGGUCAAAGAAUGCCCGUGGGCAACAGGGUUCAUAUCCAAUUAAGUUGUUCUACACUUCCAAUAUGCCUAUUAUUUUACAGUCUGCACUCGUGUCCAAUCUUUACUUUAUUUCCCAGUUGCUGUACAGGAAAUACAGUGGGAAUUUCAUUGUUAACCUCUUGGGGAAGUGGAAGGAAUCUGAAUAUUCUGGCCAAUCUGUGCCUGUUGGGGGUCUUGCUUAUUACAUCACUGCACCGUCAAGCUUGUCAGAUAUAGUGGCCCAUCCUUUCCAUGGACUGUUCUAUAUCGUGUUUAUGCUGUCAGCAUGUGCCUUGUUCUCAAAAACGUGGAUUGAGGUUUCAGGAUCCUCAGCUAAAGAUGUUGCUAAACAACUGAAGGAACAACAAAUGGUGAUGCCUGGACAUCGGGAAUCAAAUCUACAGAAGGAGCUGAACCGCUAUAUACCCACCGCAGCAGCCUUUGGGGGUAUGUGUAUUGGAGCACUGACUGUUUUGGCAGAUCUUAUGGGUGCAAUUGGUUCAGGAACUGGAAUUCUACUGGCUGUGACCAUCAUAUACCAGUAUUUUGAAACAUUUGAGAAGGAAAAGGCUAGUGAGCUUGGGUUCUUUGGUUUCUAAGCCUCUCUUGUACUUUGGUUUGGAAGAUUUCAUAUUUUGUAAGGUGGGAGAUGUAAGUGGACAAAUCCAGGAACAUAGGUAGGUAGUAUUUUCUUUUUUCUCUUUUCAUCAUGCAGUUUUGGGAUGUUGGAUACUUUGGGAACAUGGACUGUCUGAAAACAAGUCUGAAUUAAUUUUCUUUUUGAACAUUGUCUUUGAGUUAAUUGAAACAAUCGUGACUUUCUAUUGAAAUCUUUGAUAUGGGUUUCGGUAUUAAGAGGAAAAUGUUUGCUUUCUGAUA